UUCUCUGUUUAAAAUUCCCGGCUGUUCUAACCAUGUGCAUUAUAAUAUAUAAAUAGUAACAGUUAAGCCGUGUGCUUUAAUUAUAUAUGUUUUAUAAUAUAUAGAUAAGCUACGAAAAACCAAUUGGUAUGUUUGCUUAUAUCGUUAAUUUUUUGAAUGUAUAACUUAUAAUUUGAAAUUAGUUCCCUUCAGGAUGAGUGUAAAAUGCUUGAAAGGAGAACAAUGGAUAAAGGAAAUAGUUGAUUCCAAAAGUGAUUCUGAUUAAGAAAGUGAAUAUAAUUUAGCAUUUCGCAAAAGGAGGAGGAACAAUCCAACACGUUACGACAAAGCAGUAUAAACAUUUUAGAAAUGUUUUUUAAAUACGUUAAAUUCCGCGUCGGUCAGCCGUCAGUUCACAUUUAUAGCAGACAAAUUCAUAUUCGAUGAAGAUGAAAGAAAAAUAUGAUAAAACAAUUUUCUCGGAUUACAUUGAUCAUUAUGUAUUUAAAAUACGACGUAAUGACGAAUAAAAAAAAAUGUAUGCAAAGAAAAAGAAAAAGGUGGAAGUAUACAUAGAAGCAAUACGUAAUUUUACAACCGACCGAAUAUAAAAAAAAAAAAGAAAAAAAAUAGAAAAAAAAAAUGGAAAGCCAGAGAUAUAUAAUAAGUAGUGAUACGUAUAUAAUUGUUACAGUAUGUCAAAUUUCUUCGGAUUGAGGACAAUUGUGUUUCAGUAAUAAUUAUAUUAAUCAUAUUUAAAAGGGAAAAAUAUUUUCUGUGUUAAUGGGAAAGAAAAGAGAAGAAAAAAAAGGAAAAAAAAAGGAACGCAAGUAUGGACAUCAAAGAUUUUCUUGAAUUUGGCAAAUUCACCAUGGAUUAUAUCGUAAAUUAUAUGGAAAUAUUGAGAGAUAGAUAUGUUUUACCGAACGUUGAAUUAGAAUAUCUCAGUCAAAUAAUACCAGAGGAAGCUCCUAAAAAAGCAAAGACCUGGCAAGAAGUUUUCAAAGAUAUUGAAAGAGUAAUUAUGCCUGAGAUAACCCACUGGAAUUCACCUAAUUUCUACGCUUAUUAUCCCAAUCAUAUGCGAUCCGUCAUUGGCGAGCUUUUAUGCGUCGGAAUUGGUGGUGUUGGAUUUUCUUGGAUAUGUUCGCCCGCCUUUACCGAAUUAGAAGUUAUACCAUUGAAUUGGGUUGGAAAAAUGUUAAAUCUACCAUCCGAAUUCUUAAAUUGCUGCAAUUGAUCCGGAGGAGGUGUUACACAGGUAAAAAAAACAAAAAAAAAAAAAAGUGAUACUUUUCGUCGGGCUAAUGUGAUUUCAAAUGGAUACCGUUAUAAGAAAUAUCGUUAUCUCAUAAAAGAUAUUUAAAACAAGUAUUAGUCACAUUAACCGUUUGCGUACCAUGAGCCACUUUCGUGCUCUUUAAAUUUUGUGUCGAAAAAAACCAAGGCAUUUGGCCGAAACAGACAACUUACGGCCCACCCGAAAUUUGUCGAAACGCGGCCAGCCUUUCAGACGCAUGUACGUCGCAUCGCUAUCAGUAAUCCAAUUUGUAUUUUGUUGUUAC